ACGAAGCAGCAUAACCGCAAAAAACACAACACGCCUACAACCUACCAAAAAUAAUAAAAUAUGAAGGAAAUUUAAUGAAAGGUCAAUUUUCCCCCAAAAUAUUAAUUUCUGGGCUGUACCACCACCGUUUACUACCAUCUCCUUCUUCAAUUAACCCUCUGCUUCAUCUCCACCACAAAUCCAAUUCCAAAUCCCCCAUUUCUAAUUAUAUAACCUUCUCGAUUCCUCCCUCCUUCAAAUCUCCCACAACCACUGAACAACUCUCUUUUUCUGGAGAAAACAAUCAUCAAACUUCGAUAAACAAUAGGAGAGAGAUUCAAUUGGAUUAUUUUCCGGAGAAUCAAUUUAAUUGUGUAGCGAAGAUGGUGGUAAUUGACCAGCAUAUUGUCGGCAUCUUCGUUGUCUCUCUUCUAGGGUUUGUUCUGUUAUUUUCUAUUUUCCGUGACGUUAAAUCCAAAUCCAAAUCCAAAGCGAAUAAGAAGAAGGAUGGACGGAAUUCUGUCGGAGUUCAGACUGAAGUUGCUCGGAGUUCCGACGAUGUUUGCAACGUUUCUGAUGGACCUGACGUUAUCAUUGUCGGCGCUGGCGUUGCUGGUGCUGCUCUUGCUUGUACCCUUGCCAAGGAUGGUCGACGUGUUCACGUGAUUGAAAGAGACUUAAGUGAACCCGACAGAAUAGUUGGUGAGCUUCUACAGCCAGGAGGAUACUUGAAAUUGAUCGAAUUGGGACUUGAGGACUGUGUUGGGAAUAUUGAUGCUCAGAGGAUAGUUGGAUAUGGUCUUUUCAAAGAUGGGAAGAACAUAAAACUGUCGUAUCCCUUGGAACAGUUCCAUUCAGAUGUGUCUGGGAGGAGCUUUCACAAUGGACGUUUCAUACAGAGGAUGAGAGAAAAAGCUUCUACUCUUCCCAAUGUGCGGUUGGAGCAAGGAACAGUUACGUCGUUGCUCGAGGAAAAUGGUAUGGUUAAGGGGAUUAACUACAAGAAUAAGAACGGUGAAGUGAUGAAGGCCUAUGCACCUCUCACAAUCGUCUGUGAUGGUUGCUUCUCGAAUCUGAGACGUUCUCUUUGUUCACCUCAGGUUGAUGUACCCUCACAUUUUGUUGGGUUGUUGCUUGAGAACUGCCAACUUCCAUUUGCGAAUCAUGGACAUGUUAUUUUAGCAGAUCCCUCGCCUGUUUUGUUUUACCCAAUUAGUAGUACAGAAGUACGAUGUUUGGUUGAUGUACCAGCAGGAGACAAAUUGCCUUCUAUUGGUAAUGGUGAAAUGGCUAAGUAUCUGAAGACAGUGGUGGCUCCUCAGGUUCCUGCUGAAAUCAGAGAUUCAUUUGUAGCAGCAGUUGACAAGGGGAAUAUAAGAACAAUGCCUAAUAGAAGCAUGCCAGCUAUUCCACAGCCCACUCCCGGUGCCUUACUAAUGGGUGAUGCUUUCAACAUGCGACAUCCUUUAACCGGAGGUGGAAUGACAGUGGCAUUGUCAGAUAUUGUUGUGCUCAGAGACCUUCUGAAGCCUUUGCAGGACCUAAAUGAUGCGGCUUCAUUAUGCAGUUAUCUGGAGUGUUUUUACACCCUGCGUAAGCCUGUGGCGUCCACAAUCAACACUUUGGCAGGUGCUCUCUAUAAGGUGUUUUGUGCUUCACCUGAUGAAGCUCAUAAGGAAAUGCGUGAUGCAUGCUUCGACUAUUUAAGCCUUGGAGGAGUAUUUUCAAAUGGCCCUAUUGCUUUACUCUCUGGUCUAAAUCCUCGACCAAUGAGCUUGGUUGCUCACUUCUUUGCUGUGGCUGUAUAUGGUGUUGGUCGCCUGAUGAUACCUUUUCCUUCAGUAAAGCGCGUUUGUCUUGGCACAAGAUUGUUAUCGGGUGCAGCCGGGAUCAUAUUUCCGAUAAUGAAGGCAGAGGGAUUCAGGCAAAUGUUCUUACCUGCAACGGUUCCUGCAUAUCAUAGGCGUCAUCAUCCUGUAAAGUGAUAGUUUCAAAACAGUUAAGAGGAUAGGUCGUACCAUAGCACGUUCAAAACUUCCUAAUAAUGUGCUGAAUAUAUACCAAUAUUUGUUAAAGUUAUGUUAAAGUUAAUCAAACUUGUGGUUACUGCUGCUAUUUAGAGCAAACAAGUUAUAUUAUACGAAGUAUAUGUCAAUGUAUCACCUCUAUUGUUAGAGCUUUUUAUUCAUGAUUGUCCAGAUUGUUGUAAUUUUUUUAUACGUAUAUUUAUUUCAUACUUAGUACGGAGUACUUAUUUGA